AUGGAAUUUCUCGAGACACCUGCAGGAAACCCAUUGCAAUAUAUGGCCACCGUUUACGGACGCGGUCUCAACUACGAACGUCCCCCAUUUACGUUUCAAAGCAACGAGUGGGAAGCCCUUGCGAGAAAUCGCAUGUCACAAGAGGCGCUCGGUUAUGUUUGCGGAAAUGCCAGCACUGGUGAGACAUAUCAAAAGAACAGGGAGGCCUUUAAAAAAUGGUCGAUCGUGCCACGCCGUUUGGUGAAAACUACGUCGUAUCCCUCCCUCAAAAUCAAUUUGUUCGGACGGGAAAUCCCAUCGCCAAUAGCAACUGCGCCAGUCGGAGUGCUGCGUAUCUUCAAUCCUGACGGAGAAAUCGCCGUCGCUAAGGCGGCCGCCAGGGAACGGGUUCCGUAUAUUUACAGUUCUGCUGCCGCCACAGCAAUGGAGGAUGUUGCCAAAGCUAAUGGCGAUGGAGUUCGCUGGUUUCAAUUGUAUUGGCCUGCCAAUGAGCAUAAUGACAUCACAGCAAGUCUUCUAAAGCGGGCGAAAGCGAAUGGAUUUAGUGCUCUUUUCGUUACCUUGGACACUUACAAACUUGGAUGGCGUCCAAGUGACCUGAACAACGGAUACAACCCAUUUCUGCGUUCGGACAGCAUAGGAACAGCGCUCGGGUUUUCUGAUCCAGUGUUUCGCAGCCACUUCAAAGCAAAGCAUGGCAAAGAAGUCGAAGAAGACUUGCACAGCGCCGCUAGUGAAUGGGCCAGCAUGAUAUUUCCUGGAUUCAGUCAUGGUUGGGAAGACAUUGCGUUCCUGCGUGAGCACUGGGACGGGCCCAUCAUUCUGAAGGGGAUCCAGUCAGUCCAAGAUGCAAAGCAUGCUGUAGAAUUGGGCAUCGAGGGGAUCGUCGUAUCUAACCACGGUGGUAGACAGCAAGAUGGUGGACCCGCAUCCUUGGACUGUCUGGUGAAGAUUGUUAAAGCGGUUAGAGAUAAGAUAGAUAUUAUUUUCGACUCUGGCAUUCGCUGCGGUGCUGACAUUGCGAAAGCGAUGGCUAUUGGGGCCAAAAUGGUCCUUGUAGGUAGACCCUACGUUUACGGUUUGGUCUUGGGAGGCGAGGAAGGUGUCGAACAUGUUUUACGUUCGUUGCUAGGAGACCUAACGAUGAAUUUGCAUCUUGCAGGCAUCCCUUCUGUGUCUCAAAAGGACCUCAAUGUUGACUCUCUGGAAUUUAGUGGCUGA